AUGCAAAGCUUUGAAUUUAUCAUGUCUAUGGUGAUAUGGUAUGAUAUUCUGUUUGCCGUGAACACUGUCAGUAAGACGCUCCAGUCAAAGGACAUGCAGCUUGAUGUGGCCUUAUCGCAGCUAGAUGGAUUAAUUGACUUCAUGCAAAAAUACAGAAAUACUGGAUUUGUGUCUGCAAAAGCUACUGCAACAGAGAUAGCUUCUGAUAUGGACACUGAACCUGUAAUAAAAGCAACACGGCGAGUGAAACGCAAAUGUGAUGAAAAUGAAAAUGAAUAUACUCCAGACCCAAAGCAGGUAUAUAUAACGGACUAUUUUAAUGUUAUAGUGGACCAGGCCCUCACUGCUCUCCAUACCCGUUUUAAACAAAUGCAGGAGUUUGGUAACGUGUUUGGAUUUAUUUUUGAUCUGACCAAACUGCGUGAAAUGGAUGAGACUGACCUUCAAAGACACUGCACAAGACUGCGUGAUGCUCUGAGCACAUCCGAAUCUCAAGAGGAUAUAAAUGCAGCGGACAUCUUCCAGGAGUUGAGGAUACUACAAGAGAUAAUCCCAAAGGGAACAACUAAAGCAAUACAAACACUUCGUUAUCUCAAAGGGAUUGAAGGAACUUUCCCUAACUGUGAGAUUGCGCUCAGGAUCCUACUGACUUUUCCAGUAACAGUGGCAUCGGGCGAGCGAAGCUUUUCAAAGUUAAAACUAAUUAAAAACUAUUUGCGCACCUCCAUGUCACAGGAGAGACUGUGCGGGCUCGCCCUGCUAUCCAUUGAAAAGGAAAUUGCAUCAAAGCUGGAUUAUAAAGAUUUUAUUUCUGAGUUUGCGGCCAUGAAGGCAAGGAAAGUGACUCUGACGUAG